CCCGCAGCAGCCCGCGCGUUCCUCGAGCCCCUGGAAGCCCUUCAUUCGACCCCCAUCCCUCCCUUCCUUUCCAAGACCUACGACCUCGUCGACGACCCGUCCCUGGACCCCAUCAUCUCCUGGGGUCCUUCCGGCGAGAGCUUCGUCGUGUGGGAUUCCGUUGAGUUCUCAAGGGCUGUCCUCCCUCGCCAUUUCAAGCACAACAACUUCUCCAGCUUUGUCCGCCAACUCAACACCUACAUUGCUCCUGAGGACGUCUCUGUAGAAUCUCAAUUGUAUUGUACGCCCUAUAUGUUACGUUCAUGUAUCUCUCUUUUUUAUAGUUUUAUGUGUUUAUUUUAUUUUUAUCCUCUUGUACAUGGGUUCGUGUUUGUAGCUGGAAUUGUAAGCCUACAUACAAUUUGUUUGAGGUGUAAAUAUUGUGUAAUAGAAAGGAAAUCUUGUAAUAAUUUGUCAGACUCGUCUUCCCUUAGAGUUUGUCCUGUCCUUUGGGGCUUUAUUAUGUAACUAUAUGUAAUUUUCCCAAUUAGAGGAUGAAACUCAACCCAUUUUCAGAAACCUCCCAUCCUUGACUCCGAUGAUCUAAAGAGUGCCUCAGACCGGGGAUGAUUCUGGAGCCAAGCUUGCUGGGUUUCCGCAAGAUUGGUACUGAUCGAUGGGAAUUUGCUAAUGAAGAUUUUAUGCGUGGAAAGAGGACAUUGUUGAAAUAUAUAAGCAGGCGCAGAUCUUCUCAGGUGCAACUUGGUGCACAAGUAGGGUCUUCACUGGAUAUGGGAAAGCUUGGAGCGGAAAGCGAAGUGCAGAAGCUGAAGAGAGAAAAGGAAUUGUUGAUGCAGGAGGUUGUGCAACUGAGGCAGGAGCAUCUUAUGACGGUUCAGAAGAUGGAUUCACUGAAUCAGCGUAUGCAAUCCACUGAGGUGAGGCAAAGACAGAUGGUUUCUUUCUUGGCUAAGCUUCUCCAGAGCCCAGUGUUCUUAGGCCAUCUCAAGCAGCUGAAGAAACAAAGAGAGAUUGGUUCAGUGAGAGUAAGGAGAAGAUUUCUCAAGCAGCAGCAGCGGCAGCAGCCUCCUAGCUCUAGUGUAUCAGCUACGACCAUGAACCAACAGCUCGUAAAGCACCAGUCAAGCAUAUGGGAUUCUUCUGCUUUGGCUUCUCUACUGCCUGAUAUUGAAAUUGGUGAGGGUUCAUCCGCAGUAGUGCCUGUUUCUGAACAUGGUGAGGGUGAGCUGAUACCUGAACAUCUCCUGCAGGAUGUUGUUGAUAAGCAUGGUCUUGAUGCAGGUGGGCAAGAAACUUUUGGAGGUUCAAGUGAUCCUGCAAACCUCAAGGGAAAGAAUCUGCUGAGUUCUCAGAUAGAUGUUGGGUGCUCUGGUACCGACUAUAUGAUCUCUCUACCUGAUGAUGUUAUGCCUGAGGAUUUGGUUUCUGGGGAUAUUCUUCCUGCGGGUUUGACUGUGGGUGGGGCAGAUUCCGCUCCAUUUGCAUCCUCUAAGGGAAAGGGUGUUCUUAACUUUGAAGCGGAUGAAUCUGGUGCUGCUGGGAUAGACUUCCUCGAGGCACUGCCGGAAAGCAUGUCUCAGGAGCAGAUGUUUCCGGAUGCAGUAACCCCCGCAAGCGAUUGUGUUAGCAAGGAAGGUAUCUGGGGUAUCGCUGAUUUCGAGGCUGGGGAUGGAUCAUUCAGUUCCGGCCAUGCCGUUUGGGAUAGUCUCGGGCAUUAUGGUCAUGCUCAAGAGGUGGAAGUUGAACCUGGGUCUUGUUCGCUAUGGGAUCUUGGUUUGCAUGCUCUUGAGGAAGACCUGGACAUUGACGAGUACAUGGGCGGUGAAUCUUCCCGCCAAGAACCUAAAGAUGAUGGUGGCCAGAUGAAUGAAGAUCGUCCUGGGGAAUUCAAACCGUAGGGUUUAUUUGAUUAGGCCAUUUUUAAGCAGCAGCAAUUAGUUUGCAUGCUGCUUCUACCUAUGCUUGGCGGUUAAUUGAUAGACCCUUGAUGCUUCUUCUACCAUGACAUUGAUUAGUCUUGUCGAUAUCUUUGAUCAAAGUGCUGGUUCAAUUAGCUACAUGCCCUUAUUCCACUGGGGCGAUUCCAUCUCAUCAUUUAUUUUUAACAGCGGAACAAAACUUUAUUCAGCUAUUCUUUAUUUGAUUCUAGGUUUCGUUGCGGAUAAACUCCUCUUGUUAUUGCUUUGGUCUUUGUUAUUUUGUUGAUAGUGGAAUGAAUCCAAAUU